CCCGACGAUCAUCUAAUCAACGAAACAAAUGAGAGAAGUAAUUUCUGUUCAUGUCGGGCAGGCCGGUGUUCAGAUCGGCAACGCUUGUUGGGAAUUGUACACUAUUGAACAUGGGCUGAGCCCAGAUGGUCGUGUCACUGAGGGCUCUACCGCGAGCGAUAGCGGUUUCUCGACGUUCUUCUCCGAGACAGGCUCGGGGAAGUAUGUACCGCGCUCGUUGUACGUCGACUUGGAACCUGGUGUCAUUGACGCCGUAAAAAUGGGCACGUAUCGCUCGCUGUUCCAUCCAGAGACUAUGCUUACGGGAAAGGAGGACGCUGCGAACAACUAUGCUCGGGGACAUUACACGGUCGGGAAGGAGCUCAUUGAUCCUGCGAUGGACAAGCUCCGUCGUCUUGCGGAUAACUGCAGCGGUCUGCAGGGCUUCUUCGUCUUCCACUCAUUCGGGGGCGGAACGGGGUCUGGCUUCGGCGCGCUGAUGCUUGAACGCCUGUCGACGGACUAUGGGAAGAAGUCGAAGCUCGAGUUCUGCGUGUAUCCUGCCCCGCAGCUGUCCAGCUCCGUGGUCGAGCCAUACAACUCGGUGUUGACGACGCACACGACGUUGGAACACUCGGACUGCUCUUUCAUGGUCGACAAUGAGGCCAUUUAUGAUAUCUGCAAGAAGAAACUCAGCGUGUCACUACCGAGCUUCACGAACCUGAACCGACUCAUCGCGCAAGUCGUGUCCUCUGUCACUGCGUCUCUCCGCUUCGACGGCUCUUUGAAUGUCGACUUGAACGAGUUUCAGACCAACCUUGUCCCAUUCCCUCGUAUUCAUUUCCCGUUGGCUACCUACUCGCCGCUGCUCGCGACUGACAAGGCCGGUCACGAGCAGAAUUCCGUCUCUGAAAUGACUUUCUCGUGUUUCGAGACUGGAAAUCAAAUGGUCAAAUGCGACCCCAAAGACGGAAAAUAUAUGGCCUGCUGCUUGCUUUACCGCGGAGAUGUCGUUCCCAAGGAUGUGACAGCAGCCGUUGCUGCCAUUAAGACCAAGCGAACUAUUCAGUUCGUUGACUGGUGCCCCACGGGUUUCAAGCUCGGUAUCUGUAACGAGCCUGCUUCUGUUGUCCCUGGUGGCGACCUGGCGAAGGCCAGCAGGAGUCUGUGCAUGCUCUCAAACACGACAGCCAUCGCAUCUGCAUGGAACCGCCUGGACCACAAGUUUGACCUUAUGUACUCGAAACGCGCAUUUGUUCACUGGUACGUCGGCGAAGGUAUGGAAGAGGGCGAGUUCUCUGAGGCGCGCGAGGAUCUCGCUGCACUCGAGAAAGAUUAUGAAGAGGUCGGCAUCGAUUCCGUAGAGGCCGAGGAAGAAGAUGGCGAAUACUAGGCGAAACAUCUCCAUAAUCUACCUAUUGAAUAUUUAUAUCUAACUUCAGCGCUACCCUUCGUCGUGUU